CCUUGGUACAGACUGUAAACCGACUUCAAUAGCGAAAAACCUCAGCAGUAAAAUGAGUACAGUUAAUACCAAAAAAGUGCAUGAACAACAUAAGACUCAUGAAGUUCUCAGGAUUGUUCUUUUGGGGAAGACUGGGGUUGGAAAAAGUUCAGCUGGAAACACCAUUCUGGGUGAAGAGGUUUUUAAAUGUGACGUAUCAGCAUCAUCUGUGACCAAGGAAUGUUGGAAGGACAUUAAAGAAGUAAAUGGCAGGAAUGUUGCCGUCAUUGAUACACCAGGCCUGUUUAAUCCAAGCUUAAGUUUAGAGGAGACAGUAGAUAGAAUCAAAUUCUGCAUCCCGCUGUCUGCUCCUGGCCCACAUGUCUUCCUCUUUGUGGUUUACCCUAAUAGAUUUACUCAGGAAGAUAAUGAAACAGUAAAAAUCUUUCUGAAGGUAUUUGGGGAAGAUGCCAUUAAAAACACUAUUGUCCUGUUUACCCAAGGAGACAAGGUUGGGCAAAGAAACAUGCAAGAGUUCAUAAGUCAAAACCCAGAUCUGGUGAAACUGUUCAGAAUGUGUAACCAGAGACACCAUAUUUUCAACAACGAGAUGAAGGAUCCUGCACAGGUGGUUCAACUGCUAGAAAAGAUCGACAAAAUGGUGUCGGAAAACAGAGGAAAUUAUUAUACCAAUGAAAUGCUACUAAAGGCAGAACGAGCGAUUGAGGAAGAGAAACAGCGCAUUCUAAAGGAAAAUGAGGAGCAGAGACGCAGGCAGCUUGAGGCUCUGAAGCAGGAAGCUCUGUCUGAGGCCUACAGGGAGCUUCAGGAGAAGCAGGAGAGAGAGGCCAGAGAGCAGGCGGAAAAGAAUAACAAGUAUAUUGAUAUAAUCACACAGAUCUUGUGCAUUCUCUUUGAAAAGUUCCUCACAAAGCAAUUACAAAAUGCAGAAAGAAAUUAAGCAGAAUUCAUCUGUGUAACUAUUUAACAGGAUUGUUGCAUUUUUCUAAUACUGUAUGUAGGCCUCAAGGUGUCAACAUACACGACCUUAGAGAACACAAUUCAUGAGUUUUAUUUAUAUGCUUUCUUAUUUUCUCUCAUACACAGAUGAAAAAUACAUAAUAUUCUGUUCCUCUGUUUGCCUGUCCUUCAAUAAUCUCUGAUGCUGCAUGUGAAUAGCAAAAUGAUAGG